AUGUUUGCUGUAUUUCUUGGCUUAUUGCAGUAUAUAUUCAGAACGAUAAGGAUUUACUUUUAAUUGGUGGAUCUGUUUAAUGGAUGUAGACAUGGUGUUCCUUGCCUUUUGCCCUUGCAGGUACUAAAGCAUUUAUUAUAUCUGAUGCGAGUUGGAGAGAAGUCUGUCCAAAGACAUAUAGCUUUGGCUCUUGCUCAUUUAUGUUCACCUGAGGAUCAAAGAACUAUUUUCAUUGAUGAUGAUGGACUUGAUCUUCUUCUCGAACUACUGGGAUCGACUAAUCUAAAACAACAGCAAGAUGCAUCAGUUGCACUUUACAAGGUGUACCUGGGUGAGCAGUAUGUGAAUAGCUCCACGCUAUCAGAUCUUACCUUUCUAGUUGAAGGCAAGUGCUUUUAUGCACACAGAAUUGCUCUGCUUGCUUCUUCGGAUGCAUUUUGUGCAAUGUUUGAUGGUGUCUACCGGUGCUCAUAUAGAUACUUGCCUAUUGACAACUUCAACUUGAAAUGCUUGUCAGGGUGUCCUCGAUAUCAAAGUAAAGAUCAUGUUGGAUUAGGAUCUUAAAGUAAAGCAGGGCCCCAUGACUCCUUUGCCAGAUCAUGUUAUAAUUCAUGCCCCAAAGGAGGAAGAGGAGUUAAUCCAACCUCCUGUUCUGCCUCUAGAGAUUUAAUUUGAAUGCUACAACUUUUGCAAAAGGAAUUAGGAUUACAUUUCUUCUUGACAAGCUUGCGGCAGGUAACAAGCCAAAGUUCUUCUGAUUUAUGUGCUUGUACUAGUCCUAGAUUAACACGAAGGAAGAUUGGGAGUCUUUAG